CUCUGUAAGGCACGCAGUGGUUUGCAGAGUGAUAGCAGCAGACAGAGCUCCCUGCCUUGGAUAAGGAACAGCUACAGUCGCUGUAAAUGUGCCUGAAAAGCAAUUUCCAAUCUUUGCGUUAGCAGGCAUUUCCGCCGUGGACCCGGAGGGUCGGAGGACUGGGAGCGCGCGCUGCCCGGGAGAGGCUGACCGCCAAGACCUGAGUUCCCGGGGACGCCGUGCCCCAACUGGCGCAGCGUGCGGGAUCGCCAGCGUGCCUCGACCUGCGCGGGGGCCCAGCCACGACGCCCCGCCUCUUCCUCUGAGAAGCACCCCUAAACCUCGCUCCUUUCACCACCACCCCUAAAAGAGCGGGUAAAAAACUCCCACCCCCCGACCCCCGGAGAGCGGCGGCCGCGGCCUCGCAGGCGUGUGCCCCCGGUCCGCGGACGCCGGUUCGAGCCCCGUCCCGGGCGCCGCGAGUCUCGAGCGUCCGCGCCGUGGACUUUCCCUCCUCCGGAGGCCGCCCUCCGUCCUUCCCCGCGAGGAGCGAGCUGAGCCCGGGAAGCCCUCUCGUCCGAGCACCGCGCGCCCGUCGGCGGCCCGGCACGCACUCUUCUCGCCGCUGUCCCGAGCGACUCGGAGAGCCCGCCCGCGGGGGAUUCUGCUGCUGGCUCUGGGCAGGGGGCUGCGGGAGGAAGGCCGGGCGCUGGAGCUUCCUGAGCCGUGAGCGGUGUGCGCCGGCCGCCCCGCGUCUGGGAGAGCUGUCCGCCGCCGCCGGAAGGGGGCCGUGCCGAGCGCUCCUGCCGGCGCUGGGGAGGCCGCGGGCCGACUCGCCGCAGCUCGGGCCAUGCCUCCUCGUCCUCCCCGCCGCGGUUGAUGCGGCGCCUGCACGCCGCCGCCCGCACCGGGACCUCGGCCGGGUUGCACGGCUCGGCUCCGCGCCCCCGCUUCGGCCUAGCCUCUCUUGGAAUUGGACUCUGGCCAGGACCCCAGCAUCAUUGUAAUCUACUGAUGAAGGAGAUCAUUACCAGGAUUUCAGAUGCAUGCCAGGUUUCCACUGAUUGCCAGAAUUCGAGACCACUACACAUGGAUCCCCAAAAUCAACAUGGCAGUGGCGGUUCAUUAGUUGCAAUCCAGCAGCCUGCGUUGGAAGGCCGGCAGAGGUUAGACUACGAGAGAGAGAUUCAGCCUGCUGCUAUUUUGUCCCUAGACCAGAUCAAGGCCAUCAGAGGCAGCAAUGAAUACACAGAAGGGCCGUCAGUGGUGAAAAGACCUGCUCCUCGAACAGCACCAAGACAAGAAAAGCAUGAAAGGACUCAUGAAAUCAUACCAAUUAAUGUGAAUAACAACUAUGAGCAUAGACCUACAAGCCACCUGGGACAUGCAGGACUCUCAAAUAAUGCCAGGGGCCCCAUUUUGAGCAGAUCCACCAGCACUGGAAGUGCAGCCAGUUCUGGGAGCAACAGCAGUGCCUCUUCUGAACAGGGACUUUUAGGAAGGUCACCACCGAACAGACCAGUCCCUGGUCAUAGGUCUGAAAGGGCAGUCCGGACCCAGCCCAAGCAACUGAUUGUGGAUGACUUGAAGGGUUCCUUGAAAGAGGACCUGACACGGCACAAGUUCAUUUGUGAACAGUGUGGCAAGUGCAAGUGUGGAGAAUGCACAGCUCCCAGGACCCUGCCAUCCUGUUUGGCCUGCAACCGGCAGUGCCUCUGCUCUGCUGAGAGCAUGGUGGAGUAUGGAACCUGCAUGUGCUUAGUCAAGGGCAUCUUCUACCACUGCUCCAAUGACGAUGAAGGGGAUUCUUACUCGGAUAAUCCUUGCUCCUGUUCACAGUCACACUGCUGCUCUAGGUACCUGUGUAUGGGAGCCAUGUCUCUAUUUUUGCCUUGCUUGCUCUGUUAUCCUCCUGCUAAGGGAUGCCUGAAGCUGUGCAGGGGCUGUUAUGACUGGAUCCAUCGCCCAGGGUGCAGAUGUAAGAACUCCAACACUGUCUAUUGUAAGCUGGAGAGCUGCCCCUCACGGGGUCAGGGUAAACCAUCAUGAUUUCUGGAGGUGGGUUGGACCUCCUGAACCUCUAGCUUUCAAGCUGUGGCUGUUCAAAAAGAUUCUAUUAGCUACCGGUUUUAUUUUCUUUAUAGUUUUUCCCUGUUUCCCGCCUUCUCUUCCCUGUUCCCAAGGUUUGACUCAUGGAUUUUAUUCUUUAACGGAUGAUCUUCAGUAAUAGCGGACUGUGAGACUGCACCUGGCUCCCACUUAUGACAAGAGCCUCUGCUAUCCACUCGAGAGGGUAAUUGAGUGAGAGCCAGAGGGCUUUUGUGUAGCCUUCUUGUUCUGCAAGCAACUUUCCAAAGUUGUGCACAUGAACAUAACCCCACACAUACCCAUUCUACAGUGAUUUAGAGCUGUGUUUGAUUGUGUGCUUUGGGAGCAGGGAAAUUGGUUUUUAAAGAAGCAACCGUUUAAUUGCUUAAAUAAGCUAUGUAUUAAAUCUCUCUCCAGCUAGGGCUGUCUUCAAAGCAUUGGACCCUUAAGUAGCAUGGGGGAUGUAUUUUUGUUAUAACAUAAAAACUUUCCUUUAACCACUGCCCUCUCCUUUUUGCCCCUCAAAAUUCUCUCCCCUCAGUUUUGGCAUUAUCUUAUUCUAGAGAUGCCAGGUAUUUUUUUUUUCCUAUGUAAUAUUAGAUUUGCUUUACAAUGUAAAUCUUCACAUUGGAGAUAUAUUGGUUGUAUCUUGCUCAUCCUUAUUCUAGCUUUCAUAUUUGUGAAGGAUUCAACUACCUUCCUUCCACACCCCACGCUUUUCACCAAAUUUCUCUUGCCAUCAAGGGCACUUGGAUAACUGAAGUUGAUAUUUAUAGCUGAUCCGUGUGUAGGUGUCACAGAACUAUGCUGCCUAAAGUGAUCUUGGCUCCUUAGUGGUCCUUUUGGCGCCUUGGUUAGUUAACAGCUCAGUAAUUCUAAUCUUUUCUGUGUUUUCAUUGCCUUAACCACAAAUUGUGGUGCUUUUUGUAUAUUUUAUGUAUAAAUCACAAAGUUGAAUUCUGACUAUUUUUAAGACAAAAGUCUGUUAAACUUUUUUAUUGUAAAGAAUAUUUAUUAUGCGAAUCUCUAUUAUUUUAUGAUAUUUAUUGCAAAAGACUGUUGAAAUGUACUCAUGUCUGAAUAUAACAAAAUAUCAAUACGUAAUGGAAAAUAAGGUGACACGAAGAAAGUACAUAUGUUAACUAUAAUGCAGAAAAUAUAUUAAUUAAUGAAACUGUC